AUGGUACGUGAUUUCCAAUCUAUUAUCGGCAAUGAAAUUAAAGUUCAAACCCAAGAUCGCUUUGGCGCACAACCAGAUUAUGUGGUUGCGUGUGUAGGCGGUGGCUCAAAUGCAAUUGGCGCAUUCACGGCAUUUUUAAAUGAUGCAGAGGUUAAACUGGUUGGUGUGGAACCUGCAGGUCAUGGUCUGGAUACUCAACAGCAUUCAGCAACAUUGACUUUAGGAAAGCCAAGUCAGAUUCAUGGUAUGGCUUGUUAUGUACUAGAAGAUGAACAGGGCGCACCAUUGCCUGUGCACUCGAUUGCAUCUGGUUUGGAUUAUCCGGGUGUAGGCCCUCAACAUAGCUUCUUAAAAGAUUUAGGCCGUGUGGAAUAUUCAACAGCAACUGAUCAAGAGUGUUUAGAUGCGUUUAUGACCCUUUCGCGAGUAGAAGGGAUUGUUCCUGCAUUAGAAAGUUCUCAUGCUGUGGCGUGGGCAAUUCGUGAAGCGCCUAAAUUAGCGAAAGAAAUCAAAAUUGUUGUAAACCUUUCAGGGCGUGGUGAUAAAGAUGCCGACUAUGUUGCUGAGAAGCUAAACCUAAACUGA